UCCCACUGGGGCAAGCAACUCAUUGUGUCAGCAGUGGAAGCUGCUCCCUGAAGCUCUCUGACAUCUCACUGCUCACCAGGCUGCAGUCCCAUCCAGACAGGAACCACCUGGAGCCAGCUGGUGCUCACCGAGGGGUUCAGACCUCUCCUUCCAUCUAGAGAGAUGAUCAUCUGAUGAUACAUUGAUGGCGGUCAUCCCCAAAGUCUCAGUGCAGCUUUAAUAACUUCAGAAACAUAAAUGCCACAAACUUACCAGGAACAAAUCAAAUUAUUAUAAAAUUCACAAAGCUACCUUGAAGAUAUUCAUGUUUCUUAUUAAAUUGCAGUACAACCAUCAUACAUCACUUUAGUCAAUUUUUGAGAUUUGCAAAAAUUUGCAUCAGCUGCUUCUCAUAUGACUGAAAAAUUGUAUUUGUAAUUCUAGCCUCAGUAUCAUCCAAGGCAAGAUUUUGAUGCAUAUUUGACAGUUUUGAUGUGAUCCCAAAAGAAAAAGUUUAAUGGAGAUAGAUCAGGUGACCAAGGUGACAGGAAAGAGGAUCUUCUCUACUAUUCCAUCGGUUUGAGAAAGUGUCAUCCAGAAACUGUCAUACAUAAUGCAUAAUGGCCGUCAAAAAGAUAUUAUUUGAAAUUCACAAAAUGAAAUUAGUGUGAAAGCUAUUUAAAGAAUUAAAAUUUCAAAUGAUUUUUAAUAAGUUUGUAGCUUUUAUACUUCUGAAGUUAGUAAAAACUUAAAAUGACACUUAGACUUCUGGGUUAUCCCAUAUAUCACUUUUGAGAUUUUCAAACUGCUUUACAUAAUUGAUCCCCUCUGUAUCUCACAAAAGCCUGUGACAUAGGUACUACCACUGUUGUUUUCCCCAUUUAACAAAUGAAGAAACUGAGACACAGUUUACCUGAGGAACUUGCCCAUUCCUGUAUUGCUAGUAAGCUUAAGAUUCGAGAUUUGAACCUGUUAUCUUGGCUCCAAACCUAACAUGGUAUUCACUGUCCCAUGCUGCCUCCCUUAAACAACAAAAUAGAAAUGGGGCUUAUCGUGACUGCUCUGAUAAAAGAGGAAAUGGAGGCUUGUUAUUACCUAAAAGGAGCAAUGUGAGAGCAAGAGUGAGACUCAAGCUGUGCUCAGGACGGCGACUUCAAAGACUGUACAGUGGCAUUAUGGGGUUUCUAGAUCUCUUCCAUUUCUAGAGUUCAGUCUUCUGAACAGCAUGACCAUAGAAGAGAGGAAGAAAGGUUUAAUUCCUAGCUCUGGUGCUUAUUAGCCUCUCCUGAUUUACCAUGGAAAGUCACUUUCGGUCUCAGUGAAUGAAUGAAUGAAUGAAUGAAAGCAUUUCUUUCAUGCUUUCUGUGUACCAGGCACUAUUGAAAUUUUGAAAAUACAAUUAUAAAAUGCAAGGCAAUCCCUUUAAGGAGCUUACAUACUAAUAGGGCAGAAGCACUGAGUUGUGUUUCCUGUUUCACGGGUAUUAAAUAAGAAUUUGUGUAGGAUAAAGUAUCCACGUGUGAUCUAUGCUGGUGGCAGGAGAGCUCAUGCUGAGAAAACGUUGGAUCCAGUAAGAUAGAUGCAACUCUGCAGGACAAGCAAAAGACUACGGCCAUGGAGAGGAUCCGAAGCAGCCCCUUGCCUUCCCAUCGUGAUGACCUGGAGGCCUUUCCAGACAAGAGACUGGAGACUGUGGACAUUGUGGUGUUGGUGCUCUAUUUCGUGUUCGUCUUAGCUGUAGGACUUUGGUCUAUGUGGAAGACCAAGAGAGACACUGUCCAAGGCUACUUCCUAGCUGGAGGGGACAUGACGUGGUGGCCGGUGGGAGCUUCUCUCUUCGCCAGUAACAUAGGAAGUGGGCAUUUCAUUGGCCUGGCUGGAUCAGGAGCAGCCGUGGGGAUUUCAGUAACAGCUUAUGAGUUCAAUGGUAUCUUUUCAGUGCUGAUGCUGGGCUGGAUCUUCCUUCCUAUUUACAUUGCUGGAGGGGUCACCACCAUGCCUGAAUACUUACGAAAGAGAUUUGGAGGCAAACGGAUUCCCUUGUUUUUGGCUAUUCUCUAUUUGUUCAUCUACAUCUUCACCAAAAUCUCGGUGGACAUGUAUGCAGGAGCCAUCUUUAUCCAGCAAUCCUUACACCUGGACUUGUACAUUGCAGUGGUGGGGCUGCUGGCAAUUACAGCUCUGUACACAGUGGCAGGUGGCCUGGCAGCUGUGAUCUACACAGAUGCUCUGCAGACUGUCAUAAUGCUAGGAGGAGCAUUCACUUUAAUGGGAUACAGUUUUGCUGCAGUUGGUGGUAUGGAAGGGCUGAAGAACAAAUACUUUACAGCUGUGGCCAGCAACAGGAGUGCCAACAACAGCUGCGGAUUGCCUAGAGAUGAUGCUUUCCACAUUUUCCGAGACCCCGUGAAUUCUGAUCUUCCCUGGCCAGGGAUCCUUCUUGGAAUGUCAAUCCCUUCACUUUGGUACUGGUGUACUGAUCAGGUCAUCGUCCAACGGUCCCUGGCUGCCAAAAACCUUUCCCAUGCCAAAGGGGGCUCGCUGAUGGCCGCGUACAUGAAGGUUCUGCCUCUCUUCCUGAUGGUAAUGCCUGGAAUGGUCAGCCGCGUCCUCUUCCCAGAUUUGGUUGCCUGCGCUACCCCUGAGAUCUGCCAGAAAGUCUGUGGCAAUCCUGCUGGAUGCUCUGAUAUCGCAUACCCCAAACUUGUCCUGGAGCUGCUGCCCCUAGGGCUCCGAGGACUGAUGAUGUCCGUGAUGGUGGCUGCUCUGAUGUCCUCCCUCACCUCCAUCUUCAAUAGUUCCAGUACCAUCUUCACCAUGGACCUGUGGCUCCAUUUCCGGCCCAAAUCUUCUGAAUGGGAACUCAUGAUUGUGGGCAGAGUGUUUGUGCUGCUGCUGGUUGUGGUGUCAAUCCUCUGGAUCCCGUUGGUGCAGGCGAGUCAAGGCGGCCAGCUCUUCAUUUAUAUCCAGUCCAUCAGCUCCUACCUGCAGCCUCCGGUGGCCAUCGUUUUCAUCAUGGGCUGUUUCUGGAAGAGAACAAAUGAAAAGGGGGCCUUCUGGGGCCUGCUGGUGGGCCUGUCCAUAGGCAUGAUCCGGCUGGUGCUGGACUUCAUCUACGCGCAGCCUCGCUGUGACGAGCCCGACGAGCGCCCGGCCGUGGUGAGGUACAUCCACUACCUCUACUUCUCCAUGAUCCUGUCCGCCGUCACCCUGGUCACUGUGGUCGCGGUGAGCCGGCUCACCGAGCCGCCCACCGCCGAGAUGGUCACUCGCUUAACCUGGUGCACUCGCCACGAUCCCCUGAUCCAGGAGGAGCAGGUACUAGCGGACCCCUUACCCCCGAGCUUGCCCAAGAACGUGGCCCCAGAGGGCAGCGGCGCAGGGGCCCGCUUCGAGAUCACCCAGGAUACGGCUUCUAAACCCCAAAGCUGUAAUGUUACCACAAAACCAUCCAAAGUAAAGACAGCCAUCAUAUGGCUCUGUGGAAUGGACACCAAGGCUAGCGAGACACCUGUGAAGAAACCUGAACCUAUUGUGGCUUCCUUAGAAGAAAAUACUCUUGUCAGAAGGAUUCUGGACGUCAAUCUGAUCAUUUGUAUUAGCACUGCCAUAUUUCUCUGGGCCUACUUUGCCUAAUGAUGGUAUGGGAGAUGGAAAGCAAAGACUCAGAUGGAUUUCAAGGUUUUAUUCUUCUGACUUUUUAUUUCAUAAAAACAUAACAGUUGGUGGGUUUUUUAAUCUUGUUUUUUUUAAAAAAAAAAACCCUCUAAGGUAAACCUUCAAGACAAAUGAAUCUUAGAUCUGCAUUUUUGUGAGAGAGGAGAUGAAAAGAUAGGAGAAAAACAAACCAUCUUCAUUUCUUGUGAGGUCUGGGUUAGCAGUCUGGAUGCCUUAUAAUCAGCCCGAGUCAGGAUAAGCAAAAGUCCUUGGUAUUUGUUCUUGGUCUUUAGGGGGAGAAGUGAAAGGGAUGGACAAGACUCUGCUAAAGUUCUCCACAACCUCCCUUCUCCUCGUCCUCCUCCAAAGUGACUCUGGCUUGUCUUACUCCACCCCCAGUCCCUCCUACAAUUAUCUGUAUACACCAAAAGAUCGAGCCAGCACAGAAUGGUGAGAAGGGCCAUUUCCCAAGCAUAUGUUAAUAGAAUAUUGUCCAAUAGGUGAUUAACUGUAAGUGCUUGAUUGUCUGAUUCCAGUGCACCUAUUCAGUUUCAACCCUUUGCAAUUUCUAAAGUCCUUUGCUGGAAAAAUGCAUAGUUCAUUGAUUGGAGAGAUUUUAAAUGAUAGAAGAAAAAUCUGUGACUUAUUUGUCCUUUCUGUUAAAAGGUACCCAUAAAUCAGGUGUGAAAUGAGAUGGAGCUUAACCAAGUAAAGGGGUUAGUGAGUCCCAUAUUGUGUUCAUUCUUUACACAUUUUACUUUUAUUUUUUAUGGAGAGGCAGCUGGCAUAAUCUGUAGUGGGCAGGCCUGGGAGCCAAGCAGACUUGAGUACAAGUUUUGCCUGACACAUACUAUGCUAGUUGUUAUUUGGGGUCUGUCACUUAAAAAGCAAUUCUGGGACAAUAAAGUUAGAGAAGAUGGUAAGAAGGGCCCUUCCUCAUCUGGGGAAUCUACCAAUGAAAUUCUAAAUACAGUCCCUAAUAAGAGCUCAACCAGAAAAUCCACUUUUAUUUUUCCCUUCUGUUUUGUUUUCCUCAUAAAUAAAACAGCAUGACCAUGUGGAAAGGAGUAUGAGGAAAGGGAGGAUGGAUUAGAUGAUGCUUUAGUCCUUUUUCCAAUUCUGAUAUUCUCAUACUCUAUGGAUUAUACCAAGGGUCUUCAUUAGUCAGCCUUCUCAACAAGGUGAGCAGAAGGAAAAAAACUGAGACUGUCUUAUAAAGGUUGAAAAAACUAUGGUUGUCAAGCCUGAAAAUUAGGAGACCAAUUUAGCAAUUAUCUAAGGAACUGAUGGAGAAUAGUCUCCACCUGACAACAGCCAGGAAAUAGGGAGUUUAGACAUGCUGUCUUGUCUCCUGACUUCAGAGUCAUUAACCAAGGGAAAUUCCUUCCCACUCCCCCCCCCUCCCAAAAGGGAGGUAUAGGAUAACUUUGGAUGACAAAAAUCCAGUUCUGUUCCCCUACAAAAUAUUUAAUAUAAGAUGGCCUAUCCCUCUACUAUUGGGCUAUAUCCUUAAUUAAUGUAAUGAUUGCCACUACAUUAGUCUGAACACAAAAUUCACUACUUAACUAGCAAAUUCCUUCCUCUUUUUUGUUUUGGAGGGAAGGGGAAUGUCUGUGGUGUGUGUGUGUAUGUGUGCAUGCACACAUGUGCGUGCAAAAAUCCCUUCCUGUUUUUUAAUGACUUUGGAGGGGAGGAAGAAUUGUGUGAGAGUGAGCAUGUCAAUUUAGCAAUUUUCUAGGCUCUAUUCCUCAUGAGAAAGCUUAUAAUAUAUGUCUUAUAAUGUAUAUAAGAAAGCUUAUAAUAUAUGUAUAAACACAUAUUAUGUGUUUAUAUUCACAUUUGUACUGUAUCACUCAGCCCAUGUGUGAUAAAGGGCCUGUUGAGCAGACUUUCUCUUUUUUCUAGUCUCAUUCAUAUGGUAAACAUAUCAUAUAUGUUCUGUGACUUUUAAAAUAAAGUUAUUAACAGCUUACACACCAA